ACAACCACAAUCAUCAUGUCUUUAUCAAAUGUUUGGUGGCAUUAUGACACUUAACAACUCUUUAACUGGUUCAUAGUAUUCUCCUGCCAUCUUUAGUUUCUUCUUAAUCUUCUAAUCCCCAAGUGGAAGAGAUUGAUCGAUGGGUAAUAGUUUGCUUGAUGAAGAGUGUGAUUACUUGUUUAAAAUGGUUUUGGUAGGGGAUUCAGCCGUAGGGAAAUCAAAUCUUCUGUCAAGGUUUGCUAAAGAUGAGUUUCAUCUUGAUUCUAAGCCAACAAUCGGGGUUGAAUUUGCUUAUCGGAAUAUUAAGGUUGGAGAUAAGUUGGCCAAAGCACAAAUAUGGGACACUGCUGGGCAAGAAAGAUUCAGGGCAAUAACAAGCUCAUAUUAUCGUGGAGCAUUAGGUGCUAUGCUGGUCUAUGACAUUACACGAAGGGGAACUUUUAAGAACUUGAAGAAAUGGUUACAUGAGCUUAGAGAAUAUGGAAAUCGUGAUAUGGUUAUUGUUCUUAUUGGAAAUAAAUCUGAUUUGGUUGAAUCAAGAGAAGUUGAAGCUGAAGAAGGUCAAAGUCUUGCCCAGCUAGAGGAUUUAUGCUUUCUUGAAACAUCUGCAAAAGAGAAUUUGAAUGUAGAAGAUGCAUUUCUCCAAAUGAUCACAAAAAUCUUCGAAAUUGCAAGUCAAAAAAGCCUUGAAGCCAAGGAAAAUGACGCAACGAAGAAAGUUGUUGAUGCUAGAAAAGAAAUAAUCUAUGUUGUUGAUGAAGUGACUGCCACUAAACAAACAAGUUGUUGUACAAGUUAGGAAAGACUGCUUUGUUCAUUUUGACCUUCAAGGUCAUACAUGAGUCAUGACGUUAAAAAUGAACUGAACUUUAUGAAUUAGUAAAAAGAUGAAUGGUU